AUGUCGCCGCCGCGUCUCGAUGCCUGUGGUCUGCCUUCUACUGCUGUCAUCCACCGCCCCACGGGCCGUCUUUACGCGCUCAAGGUGAUUUACGGCAACCACGAGAUCGAAACCCUCCGCCAGAUCUGCCGCGAGAUCGAAAUCCUGCGCAACGUCGAUAAACCCAACGUCGUCAAGUGCCACGACUUGUUCGACCACAACGGCGAGAUCCAGGUCCUGCUCGAGUACAUGGACGGCGGGUCGCUGGAGGGCCAGCACAUCGGGAACGAGAAGGCCCUCUCCAAUUUGGCCAGGCAAAUCCUCAGCGGCCUCGCCUAUCUCCACCGGCGGAAGAUCGUCCACCGCGAUAUCUAA